UAUUGGGAUGAUAGGCACGUAGUCGUGUCCGACAAGGUUUCGACUGUUGUGCAGUUCCGCAACCUCGACUAUGCUAUGGAACGCGGUGCUCUCUAUAUUGAACUACCUCAGCAGAGCAAGUCCUUUAAUUCAGAAGUGAACAUCACCGACCCGAGCGUCGUCGACGUCUGGCUCCUCAACGCUACAAUCGAGCUCUCACACGAUGUCGGCGGCUCCAUGGACUACGCUUCUGCUCGUCGUGAACUUCUGACGACAUUGACGGUCUCGCAUGCUGCAUCGAGUCAUUCCGACGAGUUUCAUUCCGUUUCGGGAGCCUUCACGACACUUGAGCUGGUCUGUUCUACCAAGAACUCUCCUUGCAGUGUAGACUUCUGGCAGGACCAGCGAGCAAAACCGAUUGCAGGUGAGUUUCAAGUU